AGCCUCAUGCGCAUGCGCGUCACCGACAUUACGCGGGCAUUGCAUCAAGUAAUGGUUGUGCCGAAAGCAAUAACAUCACCCAGUAAUUACGACGAUUAUCACCGUAACGACCCUAUCAGCCUAUUUUAGAAGCGAGGUGUAUUGCAAAAAAGUUUGGUUUGCAAAGAGGGUCGUGGAAGCCCCCCUCGGGACACACAUAGACAGAGGCCGCCAUGAAGCUGACGGACAAUGUGCUGCGGAGCUUCAGGGUGGCGAAGGUUUUCCGGGAGAACUCGGACAAGAUCAACUGCUUCGACUUCAGCUCCAACGGAGAGUCCAUCAUAUCGAGCAGCGACGACGAUUCGCUCGUGUUGUACGACUGCCAAGAAGGGAAACCCAAGAGGACCCUUUACAGUAAAAAGUAUGGAGUGGAUUUGAUCAGGUACACACAUGCAGCCAACACAGUGGUCUACAGUUCCAACAAAAUUGAUGAUACAAUCAGAUACUUGUCCCUUCACGACAAUAAAUACAUCCGCUACUUCCCUGGGCACAGUAAAAGAGUGACCUCCCUCUCCAUGUCUCCUGUGGAUGACACCUUCAUUUCUGGAUCCCUGGACAAAACCAUAAGACUGUGGGAUCUGCGCUCGCCUAACUGCCAGGGCCUCAUGCACCUCCAGGGGAAGCCGGUGUGCUCAUUCGAUCCCGAGGGUCUCAUUUUCGCAGCUGGCAUCAAUUCAGAAAUGGUGAAGCUUUACGAUCUGCGCUCGUUCGACAAGGGACCCUUCGCAACCUUCAAGCUGCAGUACGACAGGACGUGCGAGUGGACGGGACUCAAGUUCAGCAACGACGGCAAACUCAUCCUCCUGUCCACCAAUGGCGGCGCUCUCCGCAUCUUAGAUGCGUUCAAAGGUGCCGUGCUGCAUUCCUUCGGGGGAUACAACAACAACAAAGGUGUCACACUGGAGGCCUCGUUCACACCUGACUCUCAGUUCGUCGUCAUCGGCUCCGAGGACGGCAAAAUCCACGUGUGGAACGCCGAGAGCGGCAUGAAGGUGGCCGUGCUGGACGGCAAACACACGGGGCCCAUCACGUGCCUCCAGUUCAACCCUAAAUUUAUGACGUUCGCCAGCGCCUGCUCCAACAUGGCGUUCUGGCUGCCCACCAUUGACGAUUGAAGUGUGAAUCGGCGGCCAGCAGAGGGCAGCACCUCAUCCUCUGUCUUUGUGUGUCAAUAAAUUGUAAAUAUGUUGUGUGCAGAACUAGAGUAUGUCUAUUUGUUUUUUUAUAUAUUUUUUAUUCUAUAUUAAAACUUUCCUUGAAAACCUUCA